CUCUCACCGGCCAAGAGGAGAGAGGUGCACGUGCCGCCGCGUGGCUCCGUCGGAUCCAGGCGCGCGCGGGCUGCUAAGCGAUAUGAUUGGUUCUUUCUUGGCGGAGCGGGGGGCGGGGCUGAGAGGGAGACGAUUCGGAGAGGCCGCCGGCGCGAAGGCUGUAAAGCAGCGGCGUCCGGCCCAGGCUCAGGGGCCUUGUUGGCGGGCUCGCCCCCCCCCCCCUUCUCCCAGCCAUGCCGAACCGCAAGGGCGCGCGCAACGCCUAUUACUUCUUCGUGCGCGAGAAGCUGCCCGAGCUACAGCGGCGCGGCCUGCCCGUGGCCCGCGUGCCCGACGCCAUCCCGCUCUGCUCGCGGGACUGGGCGUUGUUGACUCAGGAUGAAAAGGAGAAAUAUGCAGAUAUGGCUCGUAAAUGGAGAGCAGAGAACUCCACCCAGGCAUCAGUGAAACAGGCUCCCCAUCAGAUUUCUCCAGUUCCUGCACCACUGCCCAUGCAGAUACAGAGAAGCACUUCUCUUCCAGAUGCCACCAGUCUUUCUUGGAAGAAUGAUCAGGCUGUGCUUGGGAACAUCUUCUACUUCCUGAACAUUUACAGUCAUGGAGAGCUGCCCUUUCCCUGUGAGCAGCGCUUCCUCCCUUGUGAGAUUGGCUGUGUCAAAUACUCACUACAGGAUGGCAUAACAGCAGACUUCCACCGCUUUGUAGAUCCUGGAGUGGUGCCACGUGGCUUCCGGUUUCAUUGUCAAGCAGCAAGUGAUGCCACUCACAAGAUCCCCAUCUCUGGUUUUGAGCUCUCGAAUGCUGGUCACCCUGUUGUGUUACGUGAACUUUACAUGUUUGUUCGGCCAAACUGUGGCAGAUGGCCACCUGUGUACUGCAAGUCUGAUGAUUGGUACAGAGUCAACUGGUGUCUGAAAUGGAUGGCUAAGGAAGCAGGCACUGAGAACCAUCUGGAGCUUCUCAGUGUGGAAAACCUGGUGGUGGAACUGUACCAGCGGAAACUUGGAAAGGAGCCUUCCAAGACCUGGGUGCGCAACCUGCUAGAUGUCUUCAUGUGGGAUUACUCCAGUAACACUAGGUGCAAGUGGCAUGAAGAGAAUGAUAUCCUGUUCUGCGCUUUAGCAUCCUGCAAGAAAACUGCUUAUUGCAUCAGUAACACUCUUGCAGGCGUCUAUGGAGUCUCGCUCACAACAGCUCACCUACCUCUGCAAGACUAUGAGUCCAGCAACAACAUAAAUCCCAAGAUGGUGGUACUGGAUGCUGGACGUUUCCAGAAGCUGAGGGCUCAGAAUCCUGGUUGUAAUCAAUACUUCAGUUCUCCAGUUCAGAAACAAGGUGCUGCCUCUUCUGCUGGUGAACAUCCCUCUGGAGUGACGUCGCCAUAUAGAACAAGCACCAUGCGAGGAAGAGGAAUCACUCGCUUGUUGGAGAGUGUCUCCAGACUUUCCAAGUCCUCCAGCAACUGAAAGCCCAGCCAGCCUCCUAACCUUACCAGGAGAACUGCACAUCCUGCUCUUCCCUAUUCCCAUGGUAGUCUGGGACUUCACCAGAUUGCCAUUGCUUUGUCUGACCCUGUAUGCAAAACCCUAAAAUACAUUCCCCUUCCCUUGACCCAGUGUAACUGUUCCCCUAGAAUGAUGACAGACCCAUUGCCUGGAGGGAAUUUUUCUUUCAAUUAGAAGAAAAUCCUGAUUUUAUCUAUAGAACUACUUAUUUUGAAGGGAACUGGCAACUUCUUGCUAUCUUGACUAAAUGCAGUCUUUCGGCUUUUCUUUUGUUAGGUAAUGGGAGGAGAAGUGCAAGAAAGAGGGUGAUGGUCAGUAAUGGCAUGUUAAACAUUCUUCUGGUGGUUAAUGUAGCAUUAAACAUGUUGUUUGAAUGGUUUAGUUCUUUAAUCUCCCUAUCUCCGUGAUUUCUUCCCCACCUCCAUCCCUCUGUUAGAUGUUGGCAGACAGUCAUCUUCACAUAUAGCCAUAUAACAGGGAUCAGCAACCUUUGGCCUGCGGCCCACCAGGGUAAGCCCCAUGGCAGGCUGAGUCAGUUUACCUGCCAUGUUCGUAGGUUUGGCCGUUCAUUGCUCCAGGCCAAUGGGGGCUGCGGGAAGCAGCACGGGCCGAGGGACAUGCUUUCCUCCGCUUCCCGCACCCCCCAUUGGCCUGGGACGGCGAACCGCAGCCAGUGGGAGCUGCGAUUGGCCGAACCUGCGACGCGGAGGUAAACCAGCCCACCGGGGUUAGCCCUGGCAGGCCGCAUGCCAAAGGUUGCUGAUCCCUGCCAUAUAAAAUAACAUGAGGCUGGGAGGCAUUCUAGUGCUGAAAGACUGGGUGGGAGUGUCUCAAAGGGGUACUGCCUUAAAUUCUUCAUGAGUGGAGGGAUGGAUUGAAUUGUUGAGUUGGGGAAGUAAAUAGACUAAAAUACUUGUUGGUAGAAAAUCUUCCUUUUGUCUUAUAUUUACUGUGAAAAUAUGGUAGGAGUCCUCUUCAUGGUCUGUUGGGCAUUGACAAUAUGCCCGGGCGACAGGGGUCUUGGCUUUUCUGUGUUGCUGUGCUGGCGAAUACUGGUGUUACAAACUGUAUCAUCAGCUCCUCAAAUCUUGAGGUUCAUAACAAUGUAGUAUAACGCCUCUUUUUCAAAGGAAUCUCAAACCCAUUUGUCUGUUAUAUAUGUCUGCAGGCACAAUUUCAGACACCUAGCAGGGCUGGAGUGACUGCCGACUAUUAGUAUUUUGGAGUACCUGUAAGAAUGAGAGUAAAUGUGGAAACUGGGACACUUUAUCACAUUGUGUUUGAGAAUUGGAUGCCAAACCUCUGGGGGGGAAGGUGUCUUAGCAGUUUCCUGAAAAGUUGUCUGUCUUCUGUAAAUUAUUUUUUUUAAUCUUGCGUUUUGAGGCAGUUGCCUGUGGAAAUAAACAAGUUCUUUUUUUUCUUUAAGUUCAUCUGAGCUGCUCCACAGUUUACUCCAAGUGAAGUUGCCGUUAUGGGCUAAUUCCAUAACAAUUAAUGGUGAUGUUACAAAAUGGAUUGUGUCCCUAGUAGAAAGCAAAAUGCAGACAAGUUAGCUCAUUCCAUCAGGCACUUAAGAAAUCUUUAAUGUGCUUACCCUUAUAAUUAUAAGGAGCUUAAAUACUUCAGUGAUAAAUGUGGGAUGAGUGCCUGGAUAGAUAUUUUUUCAUCUGGAAAUUAGCUUCAGUUGUAUGGAGGCUAUCCCUCCAAUACACAAAAUCACUGAACUGCCUUGAUACCACCUACCUGGCAGACCAGCCUGUUUGCCCGUGAAGCUUCCUUGGAUGAUUCCAAAGUCCAUGACUCCUUCCAUAGAGGCCUCCCUUCCAUUUGACUAGUCUCCUAGUUUCCAGUAUUAAUGGUGAACUUUCACCAGGCAGGAGACCAGAAAGCCUUUGAAACUGAGUUUUUGGCAGUGAAAUAUCUGGAAAUAUUUGAUGUGAUCAUUGUGAAGAAGAAACAAGACACAGUCAUCUGUAGAUGACACUAAAGGUUUGUGUCUCUUCAGAAAACUUGAAGUGGUGAUUACAUUGUAGUUACGCUGGUCCAGUUGUUUUUUAAUGAAGACAAGCCUUUAGGCUAAGAUCAUACUUAUGAACACCACCAUGAUCCUCCCCUUCUCCCUCAAUUCACGCAAAAAUUUUGAUAAUCAUUUGGCUGUUUUGAGAAUUGAAAGUUGCAAUAAAAAUGUGUUUUGGUUUUGAUUGUUGCUCAUGCAGAAGACAGUGUAUUUCUCUUUAUUUUAAAAAAAAAAACCUUCUUGGUUCAUAGCAUCUGUUAUAGUAAGCCCACAAAUUAAAGCAAUGAGUAACA